AAUGAUUUGGUUUUGGACGACUUGAUGAACUUCGUUGACAUGGAGGGGCCGAACGGAAAACUGACGCACUGGUGCUUCGUCGAACGGGGGUCGUCGGCUCACAAGGCGGGCAGAUCCGUGGGUGAUCGGUGUUGCGAUCACGACGGGGAGUCGUUCGACAAAGUGGCAGUUCCGAUCCUGAACUACUUGGUGCACCGAGGUGUCGCUCAUGCCCCAGAAGGUCGGUGGUUAUACUUACUUCGGGUUCUCAAGAAAGUAUUUGUCGGCUGCAUGUGUGGCAACGUCCUUGCAGAGUCGCUGACUGAUUUGAGGGUCAAUUGGAAUGUCACGGACACAGUCGCAGAAGCUCUGAGCAAACUUAUCGCUGCUGAUUCAGACAACGUCGGGGCCAAGAACAAACUACAUGUCCAUCGGAUUUGCCAACACUUGUGCACGGAGCAUGCUCAAUGGCAGCUACUCGUCAUGAUAAGUGGGAUGACAACGAUCGAGGUGUGCAUAUACGACAUACUGUAUUCUAAGUGGACACUGUCUGAGUUGUUGGGCAGGGAGCAUGGUUCUUUCCCCACUAUCCAGCGUGACCUUCUUCGCAUGAUGGAGCGGUAUGUGGACGGGGAACAGCUGGCCGAGUUGACUCGUCUAGGCGUCGACUGUGAUGACGACGGCGUGCGGCGAUGGACGAAGUCGUAUUUAUUGCAGCUCUCUGCCUCCACAUACGACCACUUCGAGAAGAGAUUCGAAUCGCCGCCGUACACGCUUCUCGUUCUCGCAGACGGCAGUGCGACCGACGAGGAGAAGCACAUGGCCAUCAACUCUUUCUUCGCUUGCCCUGACCACUGUCUCUCUAUGUUCUGCCUACGGCUGAAGGGGCUGUGUCCGACCCCCGAGGAAAUGAUCACCAGAGGGGCGGCGAUAAUGGAGGCCUUCGGCGACACCGCGCUCCACAGUACCGACUUCUGCGAGAGGUCCCACAACGUUGUGAGACAGGACUUGCGGUCAGAUGGGCCAGCCCGCAACUUCACGACCAGCGUGAACCGCAUUUUCUGUAGGAUCACGUGGCAGAACAUACAGCUGAGUAUAUUCAAGGAGAGGGUUGCGCCAGAUCGGAAGUUGACACCACAGGAGCUUGGUGGGUUUUAUGAACGCUGCAGCGCACGGUGGGCAGAGAUGCCCGAUCAAGAACGGGUGGAGUGGGAGCUACUCAACAAGGCCGACCGUAUUGGGCGACACAUACAGCACACCCCGAUUGAAGACAGACGAGAUUGUGCGUUCACACCUUUGUGGGGCCACGACCUUCCCCACGAUACGAGCAUCUCGACGCCGAUCGACCCGAGCGUGUACGUCAAGUGCCACAACAUGUACAAGUCAAACGAUCGCCAGAAGCUUGCCCGUCACGAUGAUGUGAACUACGUGCACACAGCACCCCGACGAGCAUCUUUGAUGAGCAAGCCUGUCGAUGGGACGCUCCCAGUGUGCGGGUGCUUCGCCAAGAAAAGAAGUUUCUGCAGAUAUGUCGCAUCGCCAGCCGUUGUCGAGAGAUUCGACGGCUUGCUCCCCGUGCUGAAUGGCUUCGUGGACACCUUGGAGAAAUCCGUGGCCGAUGAUGCAUCCUGUCUGAUUAUGUUCCGAGGUAAGUUCAAAGGUGACGUUGACCCAAUGCCUCCCCACAUCCACGUGUGCGCCCUGCUGUGCACGAGGAGGCUCAGGCCGAACGUCCAGAUUUUUUGCAGAUGCCACGUGAAAAAGCAUCCAAGCGAUGGUGUGUUCGAGCUGCCGAAGCUGCCUGCUGUCUUGAGGCUUUCUACCAAGCAGAGCCUCCAGUCUAGGCACGAUAGAACAUUCAUGAUGCAGUCAAGUGAAGACCUUUGCCACGAACUUGCUCGGUUCCACGAUCGCAGCUGGACUUUGCACCCGCUGGACUACGUACUUGGGCCUGACCCGUUGAUGGACCACGUGGUGUCCGAGAUCCCGAACGAGUUCGUGCUGUCGAAGAAGAUCAAGGCUUGCCGAGGAAGCGCCCUCGAGACCGUCAUGAUGAUGGGCGCGGCCAGUCCCGUGUCGGCAGGUGCGUCGCGAGCUUCAGGAUCGCAAGCCUUCGCUUCGAUGCGUGCCACCAGGACAACCGCUGGUGGCCGCGUCAUCGGCGCGCCCGCCCCACCUGAGCCUGAGGGCGGUGCGAUUGAUGACGCCGCGUGGCAGGAUCCAGAGGUGGAGCUGCUCCACGGCGUUCGCGACCUCGGCGACGGGUUCGUCCAGGACAUCGCCGACGCGAUGGAGGAGGCGAUCGGCGACAGCGCCAUCGCCCAGGCUGGCGACGGCGUCGGCGCUGGAGCUGCGCGCGCCGAGGAUGGAGAAGGCGACGCCUGCGGCGAGGCGGAGGAGGCGGCCGCGCUUGAGUUGGCAUCGGCCCUCCCGCCUGAGGCCGCGCCAGUGUGGCCGUCCGCCGAGGCAGCGGCAGCCAUUGCAAUUGUAGACAAGGGCUCUGGGUACAUCACUUGCGAGGCGCCGCCAUGGUGCGACUUUGGGAUGGAGCACGUGGCCGAGCUGUGCAAGCAACACGAACAACUGUUCGACGAGCAAUUUCCCAAACUGAGGAGAUGA